UUGGAACAAUUUAGCCACCUAUCUCUAUCUCUCUCUCUUCUGGUUUUGUCUUUUGAGGUGUCCUCUAUUUCUCAAAAUUAAAAAUCCAAUAUUUUUCAACUUUUUUUUUUUGCUUCUGCAGUAUAUCCGUUGUUAAAGUUAAAGGACACCUUCAUCUUCUUUACAUUAGUCCAACAAUGGUAAAAAAUUAAUAAAAAGCCCAUCAAAUCAGUGCUAGCUGUUUGGUUUAAAACAAAGUACUCCGUACUUCACUAUUCCAAUUUCCAACCUUUCUUUCUUCAUUCAUUGUCUUUUUAAUAAGUGAUCCUCUUCCUUUUAUGGCGCUCAUUAUUAAUGCCCCUUUAUAAAUCACCUGUUAUUUUUUUUCAUUUUAGAGGGAAAUAAAUAAGAAGUUAGGGUUCUUUAAUUUUGUCUGGGUUCUCUCCAUUUUCACUUCAAUUAUUCUGGGUUCUUUCCAUUUUCACUUCAAUUUUUCUGGGUUUGUUCGAUUUCUUGAUUUCGUCAACUGGGUAUAGUGCUAUACUGUUAUGAAGUUCAGAAGAAAAGGAGAAGUGGCUUUGUUCUUUGUGUUGCUGAUUUCCCCAAUUUUCUUGGCUUCUGCUGAUAAUUCUCCUAAUCUCUACUCUGAAUUGCUUUCUGUAAAACCUAGACACUCAAAUCUGCUGAAAGAUGCUCUAAAAAGCGAAAAUUCAAAUGACGAGCCUUCCGAGCUUUGGUCACCGCUACCUGAUCAAGGAUGGAGACCAUGUGGAAUCAACGCUAGAGCUGAAAAACCAGCUAAUUCGACAGGAUACCUUCAAGUAUUUCUUGAUGGAGGUUUGAACCAGCAACGCAUGGGGAUAUGCGAUGCUGUAGCCGUAGCUAAGAUUCUGAAUGCGACAUUGGUGAUUCCUCUACUCGAAGUUAAUCCUGUUUGGAAGGACUCGAGCUCAUUUGAAGAAAUUUUUGACGUGGAUCACUUUAUUGAGGCCUUGAAGGAUGAUAUUAGCAUAGUUAAAGAACUGCCAUACGAGUAUGCAUGGAGCACCAGGGAGUUUUAUUCCACUGCUAUUCGUGAAACCAGAGUUAAAACUGCACCUGUGCAUGCUUCGGUUCAUUGGUUUUCUGACAACGUUUUGCCUGUACUUGAAAGCUAUGGGAUUGCUGCGAUUUCUCCAUUUUCUCAUCGUCUAGCUUUUGACAACAUGCCAGAAGACCUCCAACGUCUACGCUGUAAAGUUAAUUUUCAGGCACUGACGUUUGUCCCACAUAUCAGAGCACUUGGUGAUGCUCUUGUGAGUCGUCUCCGAUACCCGUCUUUAAGAACUGAACCCGAGCAUAGGAUACUUCAACAAUUUAGUUACAGAAAAUUGUCAAGAGAACCGCAAAAGUUUGUUGUUCUACACCUUCGAUUUGAUAAAGACAUGGCUGCUCAUUCAGCCUGUGACUUUGGUGGUGGUAAAGCUGAAAAGUUGGCUCUAGCAAGGUAUAGGCAGGAAAUGUGGCAAGGAAGAGUUCUUAACUCUCAGUUCACCGAUGAGGAGUUGAGAAGUCAAGGGCGUUGCCCUAUGACCCCUGAAGAAGUUGGACUACUCUUAGCUGCUCUGGGGUUUGAUAACAGUACACGUUUAUACCUCGCCUCGCACAAGGUGUAUGGCGGAAAAGCUAGGUUAGACACUUUAAGGAGAUUGUUCCCCCUAAUGGAAGAUAAAAAGAGUCUUGCUUCUUUAGAGGAGCGUGCACGUAUCAAGGGGAAGGCUUCCUUGCUUGCGGCUUUAGACUAUUAUAUCAGCAUGCAUAGUGACAUUUUCAUUUCUGCGUCUCCAGGAAACAUGCAUAAUGCACUGGUUGGACAUCGAACAUACGAGAGUUUGAAGACUAUAAGGCCAAACAUGGGUUCAUUGGGUCAGCUGUUCUUGGACAAAAACAUGAGUUGGGUAGAUUUCAGACAAGCAGUAGCAGAGGGACACCAUUACAGACAUGGUCAGCUACGAUUACGUAAACCGAAGCAAUCUAUUUACACAUACCCUGCGCCGGAUUGUAUGUGUCGUGCUUGAGAUUUGUUAAUAAAACAUUCUUUUAGGAGUUUGCUUUACUAUAUAUAUAUAUAUAUAUAUAUAUAUAUAUAUAUAUAUAUAUAUAUAUAUAUAUAGUAAGUGUUUUUUUGGUAGCCUCACCUAUAGUUAAUUUUGUGGGUUUUUUGUAAGCAUUUCAAUAAUACGCAAGCCCAUUCGAUUACUUGUAAAUGUGUCACUUAUAUUGAACUUGUUACAGCCGGGCUUAUCAUCUUGGAUGUUGAUAUAUGAGUAAUGAAUAAUAGAGAUACCAACUUGAAUCGACUA